AGCAUUAUUCCUUUGCAGGAAAAAGGUUGAAGUCGAAACUUGUGGUCAUCUGCUCAACUAAUUAACAUUGAAGACUUGUACGAAGUUUCUACUUCUGCAGUCUCCUCCAUUUCUUCUUUGCUGAAAAAGCUUAGAACAUUUGGCACAUAGCAUCCACACUUUCCUCUCUCACAUCCGGUUAGUUGCUUGCAGUUCAGGAGAAAAGGUUAAUUUCAUUGAAUGAAAUCAAGGAACGAUGAGAUAAUUAGUAAGAUGAUGGAUAUUGAAAGUUCAAGUAAAGGUCAUGAAGCCAGUACACAAGAAGAGGGCAAUAACAUUAAAACUGAGAAGUUCUUGAAGGCACCCUCCACCUCAAGGCAAUGGUCAGCAUUCAGAAAUCCAAGAAUUGUGCGAGUCUCACGUACUUUGGGAGGAAAAGAUAGACACAGCAAGGUUUGCACCAUUAGGGGACUGAGGGACCGAAGGAUUAGACUGUCUGUACCCACAGCAGUUCAGUUAUAUGAUCUUCAAGACAGGCUUGGACUCAACCAACCUAGCAAAGCGGUAGAUUGGUUGCUUGAAGCCACCAAAUCUGAUAUUGAUAAACUACCACCACUUCAAAUUCCUCAUUGUUUUACUCACCAACAAACCCUACUUCCAGGUAACUCUCAGUUUUCUCUUGGACCCUUCUAUGAUCCUGAUUCCAAUUUUAGCAAGGAUGGGGGAAAUCAAAACCUCAUGGCAAAGUCAAGGUAUUGGAAUAUAGAUUCACUAAAUGGUAAGGAGUUAGGUGAAAGUGUGUCAAUCUUCCAAAAAGGCAAGAGCUGGAUCAAAAGAAGUGAACAAGAAAAUCAAGAUGGAAUCUCAAUUGGUGGUACUCAUAAUAGAGAGUAUUCUUCAGCUCAUAAGCUCUUCCCCAUUGGGACUACAAACUCUUCUUUACUUGGUAAUUUUCUAAACAAUGGCAUGACACAUAACUCCUACCACCAUUCUGAGCCUUCAAGUCUAUCUUUGUCCCACUUUGGAAGCCAUGGAUUGUUUCCUUCUCAUCCUAGCAGUGGCAGUGGUGAGCAAUUUUCAUCUUCUAAUUUCUCAGGAGCAUCUGGUCCACAGUUACUUUUUUGUCCACCUUCUGCUACACCAUCUGCUUUUUACUCAGUGGAAAGUGAUCCAAGACAAUCCAACAUCUUGAGCUCAAGUUCCCAAGUCAUGAUGCCUCAUCCUCUCAUUCAUCCAACUAAUUCACCUCUUAGACGCCUUCCAACAUCAUUUAGUUCCAAGCUCCUUGGUUCUGAUAAUAAUGAUCGGAGCCAAGAUAAAGGUAGUACUCGUUCUUGAAGCUCCUCAGCAUGGUUCCUUAAUCUAUCAGUGCUUGCUGGACAUUCUUCAUAUCAAUUAUUCAAGAGGCUAAAGCACAUAAUUUAAAUUUUCGCACUCAGCAGUGGAUUUGAAUUUUGUGAGUAUGGCAAUGCUAUACAUAUACAAUAUUUAUCUUUGAAGUAAUCGUUGUGGUUGCAGCUAGCUGUAGAUACCUCGUUGAUCAAUCAUUAUGAGUAUGAGGUAUAAUAAAACUAUCUGAAUACUGCUCUAAUGUGCUUAUUGUUAGAGAUAUAAUAUAAAAUUAUUCACGUGUUUUUAUCUAAUA